CACACUCUCUCUCUCUCACACACACACUCUCUCUCUCUCACACACACACACUCUGUCUCUCUCUCUCAUACACUCACAGCAGCCCACUAAUGUGGCACUGCAGCUCAUUAUGGCCGAACUCAGAGCUGGAUAAAAGGAAGUGUUUUUUUUUCGGAACCCGCUGUCUGAGGACUCUGGGAUCUGCGCACCGUUCCUCCGGAGAAUUUCCCGAAGCCAAGAGGCGAGCUGGAAUGAAUUUUUGGGAAGGCGAGAACCUUCCACUCCAGCCAGCCAUCCCAGAAAAUUCCCGUUCGCAGGCGGAUCGCUGCUCGACAGUGACAGCCCCCUCGGGAUCGACCUGCUCCCGCACGGAGGCCGAAUGAAUGCCGGAGCCAGGAGGUGCGGACACCCCCCCGACGCCCAGGCAGCCCGGAUCGCUCUGCUCGACUGGAUCGACCCCCCCCUCGGGUCGGAACCACACCAGAGCACAAGAAGAAGCCAAGAGAGAGAGAGAGUCUGGGAUUGCUGCUGUUCUGCUUCUCUGACCAAUUAACCAAUUAAUCAAUUAAUCGAGCCAUUAACGACACGGUCUACACAGGCAUCUGGACCCGGACCGGACCGGACCGGGCCAUGGCGCCCCUGUCGCUCUGGCUGGCGGCCCACCUGGCCCUCCUGCUGGACCUGGCCGGCCCGGCUGGGGGCUUCUCCACCUGCCAGGGGCUGGACCUGAAGGAGUACCGCGACAAGCGCAUCCGGGCGGUCCGCGGACAGAUCCUCAGCAAGCUGCGCAUCGCCGAGCCGCCGGAGGCCGCGCUGGCGCCGCCCGCCCCGGAGGUGGCGCCGGAGGUCAUGCUGCUGUACAACAGCACGCGGGAGCUGGUGAGGGAGCACGCGCGCCUGGCCGAGUCCGCCUGCGAGCGCGAGAGCAGCGAGGAGGACUACUACGCCAAGGAGGUGCAGCGCGUGGACAUGCUGCCGCCCAGCCACGGGCACUGGUAUCUGUACCUCUCUGUCACUGGGCAGAGCUCAGGUAUCUGUACCUCUCUGUCACUGGGCAGAGCACUGGUAUCUGUACCUCUCUGUCCAUCUGCCACUGGGCAGGGAAGAUGUAUCUGUACCUCUCUGUCACUGGGCAGAGCUCUGGUAUCUGUACCUCUCUGUCACUGGGCAGAGCUCUGGUAUCUGUACCUCUCUGUCCAUCUGCCACUGGUAUCUUUACCUCUCUGUCUCUGGGCAGGACACUGGUAUCUGUCCUUCUGUCACUGGGCAGGACACUGGUAUCUGUACCUCUCUGUCCAUCUGCCACUGGGCAGAGCUCUGGUAUCUGUACCUCACUGUCACUGGGCAGAGCACUGGUAUCUGUAUCUCUCUGUCCAUCUGCCACUGGGCAGGGCACUGGUAUCUGUACCUCUCUGUCACUGGGCAGAGCUCUGGUAUCUGUACCUCUCUGUCCAUCUGCCACUGGGCAGGGCACUGGUAUCUGUACCUCUCUGUCACUGGGCAGAGCUCUGGUAUCUGUACCUCUCUGUCACUGGGCAGAGCUCUGGUAUCUGUACCUCUCUGUCACUGGGCAGAGCUCUGGUAUCUGUACCUCUCUGUCCAUCUGUCUCACUUACUUUCCUCUCCCUCUCAGGCCUGGAUGACCAGCUGAUAAAACAGUAUAAGAAGUCAGGCUCGAAAGGCUCCAAGUUCGACAUUAGCACCAAGACGCCCCACCUCAUCCUGACCCUGCUGCCCACAGACCGACUGGAGUCCCCAGCCAAGAAGGGGCGCGAGCGGCGUGCGGCCGGGGACACCCCCACCUGCUCCAGGAAUGCCGACCAGAGCUGCUGUCUCCACUCCCUCUACAUCGAUUUCCGUCGGGAUCUCAACUGGAGGUGGAUCCACGAGCCCAAGGGCUACAAGGCCAACUUCUGCGCGGGGAGCUGUCCUUACCUGUGGAGCGCGGACAUGCACUACAGCAGAAUUCUGCCCCUGUACAACAAGCUGAACCCCGAGGCGUCGGUGUCUCCCUGCUGUGUGCCCCAGGAGCUCGAGCCCCUGACCAUCAUCUACUUUGUGGGGCGCAACCCCCGUGUGGAGCAGCUGUCCAACAUGGUGGUCAAGUCCUGCAAGUGCAGGUAGAGGAGAGCCACCCCAAAAGCCCAGGACAUCUCUUGGACACCCCAAAAGCCCAAGAUACCAACUCCUGGACUUCCUGAAAGCCCAGGACACCAAAGCUUGGACACCCCAAAAGCCUAAGACACCUGUGCUUGGAUACCCCGAAAGAACAUGACACCGACUCUUGGACACCCUGAAAGUGCAGGACAUCAAAUUUCGGGCGUCUCAAACGCAUAAGACACCAAUGCUUGGACACCCCAAAAGUCCAGGGCACCAACAGCUGGAUAUACCACAAAACCAAGACACCCCGAUACUGCUCCUCUGUCUGUAUCCUUCCUUCCACCCAUCUCUCUGUCCCCCUGGCUGACGGGGAGACGCGUUCUGACUCCAGGGCUCUCUGCCACUCGGGAGCUACAGCCCGGAACGGACCAGGCCGGACCGGACCGGCCCAGACCCUCCUCGCAGCAGUGUAAAUAGAUCAUCCACAGAGAGGCUGUUAGAAGGACUGCUCUCGAUAGCGCGAGCAGAUGGAUGUCAACCUAAUCACAGAUAAUCUUGCUGUUAGGAGCUGCUGCAGAUAAGUGAAAUUGCCACCAGUAUCUAAAACUGGGCCUUCCAGUGUCCAGUGUGGUCACCUCUGGGGAUUACACUGCCCUUAGGUGUCCAGUGGGGUCAGUGCUGGGGGUCACACUGCACUGGGGUGUCCAGUGGGGUCAGUACUGGGGUCACACUGUACUGAGGUGUCCAGUGGGGUCAGUGCUGGGGGUCACAUUGCACUGGGGUGUCCAGUGGGGUCAGGGCCGGCCAGAAGACAGAUGUUACUGUACCUUUUAAAGAAACUGGGGGAACAAUACCAUUAUCUGCAGCAGUGGGAGGUCAUAGGUCGUCUCAUCUUGCUAGAUAUAAGGGCAAAGGAUGUAGGAUUGUGCGAGUUAUGGGGUAUUGGAAUUCUAUGAUGUACGGGGGCAAAGGUCAUAGAAUCAUUACUGUACGACAAGGACUGUGGUGUGAUGUAUGAGGGCAAAUGUCACAGAUUACAGGUCACAGGUUAUCGUGAAUAUAUCAGAACAAAGGUCAUAGGUUAAUGUUAUGUGUGAAGGCAAUAGUCACAGUUAAUGCUGCUGUAUUUAAGUGGGCAGAAGUCCUAAAUUAACGCACUGCAGGAGAGAAAAGGUCACAGCUGAAGGACAGAUCAGUGAAAGGUUGUAUGACCUCCGGUGUGUGGCUCUGACAUCACCUUCCUUAAUAAAUAGGUACAACACCAACUGUCGCUCUCCCGCUGGACAACAUCACGGUCACUGCUUUGCCCUGGCUCACACGUCCAGCAGGCCGACUCCACUGACAUCACACAGAGGGUCCGGCCGCGUCCCAGCAGAACACUGACCACUGCAGAUCUCCGUGCCCCCUGUGUCUGCACAGGCUGGCUGGGAGAGUUGGACGCUGAGACACUGACCACUGGACACCUCAGUGCAGUUUAACUUACAGGACUGACCACGCCGAUCACUGGACAUUGCUGAAGGCGGCUUGUGUCAGAGCCAGGACUGGGCGGAGACGACCGUGCUACACCUGUAUUUGUAAGGAUGGAAAGCUGAUGAAGAUCCAAUCUGGGCUCGUACACACAUGGUCGUGAGUUAUAAACCGUUAAUAAAAGUUCAGACAGAGA